GUGGAAGUAUCUUCGAAAAAUGAUUUUCCUAUUGUGUUGUUAGUUCGGCAAGCUAUUUUUAAAACACAUUUUGACAAAUGUUUUAAAACUUUUUCACUGGGUUUUGUUUUAAAUUGUUGUGUAUUAGGUUUCGGAUAAAUAGAGUUUACCGUUGUCUGGAUUGGUUUUUUAUUUAUAAUUUUAUCUAUAAUGGACGGAUUGUAGCCGUUGUUUAAUGAUAUUAAAUUUUCGUUGUAAUUUUCUGUUGAGAGUGGCGUAUUAAGAAGUCUGGGUAUAAAAGAGUGAAAUGCAGCCAUUUUGUGUACUUUUGAAUUUUUCCAGGUAUUUUAAACAUUUUAUUUGCUGUCUGAGCCUCCGAGAGUGAACUCACCAUACGGUCUGUGGCUCCUGGUAAUUUCGCAUUAAUUUUUGAGACCUGGUUGCUUAUUAUUAUUAUUCGAUUUUAACCGAACCCGUAUGUAGUUGCGUCAGUCUUUGGGCUUUUAACUCGGCGAUUGGUUAUCUCGACACAUAAAUCAUAACCCGAAACAACCUCGAUUUGCGAAAAACUCGCGGCCCUGUGGCGUCGAAUAAUCGGAAUAGAACAAAAUUUAACAACAUUAAGAACUGGAACAAAGCUUGCCAGCGCGAAAGUUGUUUUUCAGCGGUUUACGUACAGGGUGGUUCAACGAUAGAGCAAAGAUUGUUCGAAAAGUUAUGAGAAAAUGGCGAAAGCAAAAGUUGUAAGACUUAUUUUAAAGAGUGCAGGGUGGCUCAAAAAAGCGUGACGAAUAAAACAUACGUUCGCCCUAUUUUUAAGUUGCUUUAAAAAUUACACAACUUUUUUGUUGAAAAAUACUAGUUAAAAGCAUCAUUCCAAGAUGACGUAAAAGAUAUACGGGACGGGAUUUGAAUUAGAUGCUACAGGGUGUUCGACAUAAAGGAAUAUAUUUGAAUCAUUUUAAAUGGAAAUGUCUCCAUUAUUAUUUUUUCACAAAGAUCUGACAAAAACCUAGAACUUUUAUUAAGUGCCUCUUUUUAAUGCUUUGCAAUUUAUUUUAACUUGUGCAUUGUUUACCCUUGUUUUUGUCUAAUACUAUUAUUAUUAACUAAAAAAUAAAAAAAAAAACUAGUACGGAUUUUCCUAAAGCUGCUCAGGUGUAAACGAUACUUUGUUAAAAUCUAAAAGUUCGUCAAUGGCCAGUAAUCAGUUGAAAGUUCGUGUAAAAAGUAAAAAAAAAUAACACAAACUGAUUGCGCCAAAAAACGUAUUAUGGCCAGUAAUGAGUUAAAAGUUCGACCGACUAUUGGAUUUCGGGCAAAAAAUGACGUAUUACUACGUCGAUGGUCAGUGAUGAGUUAAAAGUUCGUUAAUAACUAAGUAAGGGUGUAAAACAAAACGAAUUAUUUCGUCAAGAAGUACUGGACUUGGGACAAAAAAUGGCCAGUAAUGAGUUGAAAUUUCGUUUGCAAGUAAAACAAAAUGAUCGUGUCAAAAUUGACGUAUUACUACGUGGAUGCCGGGUAAUAAGUUAAAAGCUCGUUCGGUAGUUAUCUUCCGCGGACACACUGUAUAGUAAACGCUUCCUCGCCACGGAACAAAUCGAAUUAGAAUCGGCGAUGCGUUAAAAACGGCACCUAAGUUUUUGCGCAACCGUACUGGUCAACUUUCAUGAAAAUCGUAACCGAUAUUAAAAUAUUACAAAAGCGAGACGGGAGAGGAAAAAAAAAGCCGGGGCGGCGAAAAAAACCGCGACCGCCUUUCUCUGUCGGGCGAAAUAUCGGCUCCUAAGUAGCGUCAAAGUUUUGGGCGAAAUUCAGUUCGCUCGGCGGUCCAGCGAAGGCAACAAUCCACCUCCCCAUAGCGAUGCAACAUGCUAGUGCAUAAGUUGAUAUGCGUUUUGGUGUUGCACGUGUCGGUGUCGUCGGCCGGCGUCCAAGAUGGCGACCAAUCGGAAGCCCAGACUAGAGACAAGCGAACGAUAGGUUCAAUCUUGACGAACGUCGCCGAUCUCUUCGGAUACGAUGUGCAAAAGAGACCGUCGGUGCUGCCGCCUCCGCCGCCUCCGGCGGCAGCGCCCGCCGCUCCUCCUGCCGCCCCGCCCGCCGCCCCUCCGGCGCCACCGCCCGCAGGGCGGCAACUUCCCGUUAACCCUCCGGUUAAUGCCCUUCCGUCGCCUGCACCGCCCGUAACUCCUCCGGCUACUUUGACUGAAGGCGUGAGGAGAACCUUUACCGUGGACUUAAACUGGAAGAGGACCAGACAACCGCCGACGGUGCAAGCGGCGGCGCCGCCGCCUCCACCGCCGCCGCCUCCGCCACCGCCACCGGCGCCGGCGCCGCCGAAGAAAUUCCGCGUUCCCGAAUUGGUCAGGCAAAAUCCGGUAGCGAGGAACAAACCCAAGGUUUACAAAGAAGAAAGCGACGAUCCGAACGAGGAGACUUACGUAUACGACGAGGAUUACACUUACGGCGGCGGCACGCCGAAAAAAUUGUUGAUCGAGCUGCCGGAUUAUUCGAACGAAGACGAUUCCGGCGAGUCGAAACGGGAGGCCAACCAAGAGCGGAAAAAUUUCAAAAAGAAAUUCAACCAAUUCUGGAAAGAGACGCCGGCCAAGCCCGAGGACCACGGCUACAAAUACAUCAGCCCGACUCCAAUAUCGGUCGAACUGAUCCAGGACGAGGUAAUCAGGCACAUGGACCGUCUGGAACGGAAAAGACCGGCCCAUCACAUGUCGGAAGAACAAGGUGACGCGAAGAUCGAUGGGCCCGAAUACGUGGAGGUCGUGAUAGACCAUCGUCCGGUUCAAAUAGAGGAGAUGAAGGAAAAACAAGCGGAAAAACCGAAAGAGAAAGACCAAGUGGAAAGGUUGCUCCACAUCGCUGAUGACGUGAUAAAAAAAUCGCACGAUUCGGAAGAGAAGAGGCCCCACAUUACGGGCCCGCUUCCGGACAUCGAAAAGCACAAAGCGCAAGUCGUCAAUCUCCUCGAAGAAGCGGACGGCGUCAUUAAAAAGUCGCGCGAAGACACCAAAGAGCUGGAACUGAAGUCCCCGUCCGCCAAGGGCUUGGAGAAGCCCGAGGAAGGAUUAGCGGAAGGGGCGAAGAAAGGGAGCGACUUAAAGGAACCCUUCAAUUACGAGUAUUACGUCACUCCCAGCGAUUUCACGAUCGAACUGCAGAAGAAGAUCUUCGAAGUGGACGAAACCCCGGUCGAAUUUCCUGCGGCCGUGCGGCAACAGCUUUCGGAAGAAGGCGAUGAAGGUUCGAAAAAUUCGGUAGAGGAGAAUAGCGAUGACAAAACCUCCAAAGAGGGCAACGACGAUGAACCGCAAAAACCGCGAGAAGAAAGCGCGAGCGUUAAAGAGAAGGAAGAAAGUGGCGAAACGAAGGAAGAAAGAGAAGACGAGAGCGCGGAACAAACUGACGAGAAGGAAGAGGAAGGUGGUGAAAAGAAGCAGGAAAUCGACCACGAUGAACCGCAAAAACCGCGAGAAGAAGAUGAGGAGGAAACGGAUGAAGAAGAGAAAGACGAAGAAGCGGAGGAGGAAACGGGAGACGGUGAAGAAGGGGGGGAUAAAACGGAAGGGGCGCGACGGGCGAACGAAAAAGUGGUCGCCGGUUUGAUCCGGCAAAACUUCGAGGUGGAUCGGUUCGGUGACGUCACGCUGCCCACCGCGCUUAAGAAGGACGACAGGGGGUUCCUCGAAGGGUUCAAAAAGGACGGGUACUUCUCGUUCAUCGACGAUAACCCGUUGAACCAUUUCUUCGCGAAAAACCUGGAGAAGAACCUGGACAAGGCGGAAAACAAACUAGAACAACCCAAAGCAGAGGAAGACGAGGAAGAGGAAGAGGAGGACGACGACGAAGAAGAAGAAGAAACAGAGGAAGCGAAGGCUGGGGAAGAGGUAGCGCACAUCAAGUAUCCCCACGAAGAGAAAUCGAAGGAGAUAUACGCAAAGUUCCGGGAAAAAUUGGCGAGAAGCGACGAGAACAAUCAAAAAACCGAGGACUCUCACAAACACGAGGUAAUACACCCUUUCCACCUUGGUAUCCUGCAGCCGCAGGCUUCGGAACUGGACAGGGCCGAUAAAACGAUCAACGUCCCUUACGAUCACGAUUACAGCGGAACGGAGAGGAAAUCUAAAAUCGAACCUCCGCCUCGGUCGACCAGGAAAAGACGAAGUACCGAAGGAUGGUACGUUCCGGAAAAAUACACCACCGAUUUUACGUACGAGAUACCGGAACCGGACAUACCCGACCUGUCAAAACUCGAAACAAAAGACUACAAGGAAGACGACGCGCUUUCGCCGGCGGCGAUCGUCACGGAGAACGACUACGGACGCAAAAAGACUUACGUCAGAGUGAACCAAAGACAGACGAACUUUUGA